CCAAAAGUUUUAUCAGUACAAACGUACAUAUAUUUAAGCAUGAUUUUGUGAGUUAAUACAAAAUUGAGUUUGUAAUAAAUGAAAAAUAUUCCAGUUAAUAUAAUUUUAUUUAUUUAGUUUAGUGUGAAUUUAUAUUUAAUUGUAGACUAAGCUUAACUGUAAUCUUGCUUACAAUUUUAUAACAGGGAAUCACGCCAGAAAAAUUUAAAUCCAAUAUCACUUCAUUGUGGGGAUAUAUCAUACAGUAAUAUAACAAUCUUCAGAGACACCUUGAAAUUCGACUACUUACAAUACAGUUGGAUUUGACACAACACACAGGUGAUUUCUAAAGGCUGUCAUCACUUAGUGUCAUGGAUUGUGGAAUAGCUGCCAUCUCCUCCUAAAUAGCUGUCUUCAGACGAUGGUGAUCAAGAACAUCUGCUGCCUUGGAGCAGGGUAUGUCGGAGGGCCUACGUGUAGUGUAAUCGCACUUAAGUGUCCAGACAUCACUGUUACUGUUGUUGAUUUGAGUAAAGAGAGAAUAUCGCAGUGGAACUCUGACAAACUCCCUAUAUAUGAGCCUGGGUUAGACGAGGUGGUACAGAAAUGCCGUGGAGUAAACCUAUUCUUCUCAUGCGAUGUGGAAACGGCAGUGAAAACAGCUGACCUAAUAUUUAUAUCUGUCAAUACACCAACAAAGACAUUUGGCAAUGGAAAGGGUCGAGCAGCUGACCUAAAGUAUGUGGAAGGAGCUGCAAGACUCAUUGCUGGGGUCGCAACAGGACACAAGAUUGUGGUAGAGAAGAGUACAGUACCUGUCAGAGCUGCAGAGAGUAUCAUGAAUAUUCUCAAAGCAAAUCAGAGGCCAGGAGUCUCGUACCAGAUUCUCUCCAAUCCUGAGUUCUUAGCCGAGGGAACUGCCAUAGAUGACCUUUUAAAUGCUGACAGAGUUUUGAUCGGUGGAGAAGAAGAUUCUGUUGAAGGAAGAGCAGCAAUUGAAGAACUCUGUUGGGUGUAUGAGCAUUGGAUUCCUAGAAAAAAUAUUCUCACCACUAAUACUUGGUCAUCAGAACUUUCUAAACUAGCAGCCAAUGCAUUCCUAGCACAGAGAAUUUCAAGUAUCAACUCGUUAUCUGCAGUUUGUGAAGCAACUGGUGCCGACGUGUCAGAAGUUGCUCGAGCUGUGGGCACUGACACCCGCAUAGGAUCUAAGUUUCUCCAGGCUUCUGUUGGAUUUGGGGGAAGCUGUUUUCAAAAAGACAUACUCAACCUAGUGUACAUUUGUGAGUGUUUGAAUCUGCCAGAAGUUGCAGCAUAUUGGCAACAGGUGAUAGAUCUAAAUGAAUACCAGAAAUCUCGGUUCACCAACAAAGUGAUAAUGUCUCUUUUCAACACAGUGACUGACAAGCAAAUCACUUUGUUGGGUUUUGCAUUCAAGAAAGACACUGGAGACACAAGAGAGUCCCCAGCUAUUCAUGUUGCCAAAAUUCUGUUAGAUGAAGGUGCUAAGCUGCAUAUUUAUGAUCCAAAGGUCGAGUAUAACCAAAUUAUGGAGGACUUGACACAUCCCUGUGUGACAGAUGAACCUGAGAGGGUGAAGAAACAAAUCACAAUACACACAGAUGCAUACUCUGCGACCAAGGGAACUCAUGCCAUUGUACUGUGUACCGAGUGGGACGAAUUUGUAGCUUUGGAUUAUGAAAGGAUCUACAAUAGUAUGAUGAAGCCUGCAUAUGUAUUUGAUGGACGCAAAAUUUUGGACCAUGAAUUUUUAAUGAAGAUUGGAUUCCAAGUUCAUACAAUUGGCAAGAGAAUGGCGAGAGGAGCGCUGAAGAGGACGUGGGGGAGCAGCCAGUACCAUCAGUUAUGAACUUCUCAUAACUCUAGGAUCUUCACGACUCAUGACAACUGCUAGUUGAAUCCUCAAAGUGCGAGAUAGAAUAUCUAUGAUGAAUGUAAAAUGUUUUUUCUAUAUAUUAAUUAAUAUUUUGAAUAAUUGACUUUAUGUAAGAUCCCAUAUAGGGGCUGUUGAGGUGAUAAAUAUGAAAUCUAUUUUAAUCUUUAAUCUGGUAAAUUGUAAGUGGAAUACCCAUGCACUUCACACCUCACUUCACCAGAUUAAGGGUGAAGUAAAAUUAUUUAACCCUUUGGGUAAGAUUUAUACUCUUCAUUUGUAAGUAAAAUAUUCUAAUAUGUGAUAGUGAUGUUAAGAUAACGUUUGUAUGACAUUAUUUUCAGUAGUAAAAAAAGUGUUAGUUUGAUUGAAUAAAAAAAGAAACAAAAACAAAAUGUUCACACACAGUUAAAAUAAAAUGCAAUUCUUAGUCGGUUCCAUUAUUUUCAAUUUUUUGAACAAGAACUGUAAAUGUACAGUUCCCUGAUUCAUUUUGGGAGCAUUUCAACACUAUUAUUUAGAGUUCUUUUGUUGCACAUUUUCAUACAUCACUGGUGUGUUAUUAUCAUGCCUAUUGUCCUGUCAAAAUAGUUUUACAUUUCUUGAGUAUAAAUACUGACUAGUUAUAUUGGCUAUUCAACUCACCAAGUAUGGGUUUUUAAUACAAAUGCAAAUAAUGUAGUGAUCAUACAUAAUUUUAUUACUGUCAUAAUUGGUGGGGGAGGGGGAUUUAUAAACAAUGGAAGGCAAUUUUGUUUCCUACAAAUGAAAAUUUUAACCUUGCGGAAUAAAACCUUCCAAUAUUUUAAACCCUAAAGUAAUAAUUUUUGUAAUAAAAUAGUGGAAUCUAAUCUUUGUAUGUUUUAUUUGGAAUAACAUUUAUUGAAAACUUAAAUCUUGAGUUAAACACUAGCUUAAACAUAAUUCUGUUAGUUGUCGUUGGUAAAAUACCUCUCAACAUAUAUCUGUGAUUACCAACUGUAGAGUUAAGGUAAAUCCUUAACGUCCUCAAGUCUGCUCUGAUCUGCCAUGGAUUAACCUAGAAUGUUUUUUUUUCUUUUUGCUUCUGCUAUUUAGACUUUAGUAAUCACAAAUGUACUUAAUUAGAAGCUGAUCAUUCUAGUGUUCAUGACAUUUCUGUUGGGACUAACAUUGCAGGAAUAAAAAUCUCCUUUACAAAUAAUAAUAACUUUGUUUUUCAACCUGAAACCGUACUUCCUAUUGUACUGCCACUCUUUAAUUAUUUGUGAUGAUUAGUUUUAUGAGUUUUAUUUUCAGUAGAGUUCUGUUGAUUCAGUAAUUACUUAUCCAACAUUAAAGAUGUAGCCUCGAAAAGUGUUUGAUGUAAAUAUACAAUAAUAAACCUCGUAACAAUUUUUGAUAGAUUUUAUUUUGUACAAUGUACAUUUCGAAUUCUAGUUGAAUUCAUCAUCAGGUACAAGUACAAAAUAAAAUCUAUCAAAAAGUGUUAAAAGGUUUAUUAUUGUAUAUUUAUCCAACAUUAUUGUUGAGUAAGACAAUUUUUUUAACACUUUAACCCCCACAGUUUACAGUAACAAGGUGUGGCAUUACUCUCAAUAUUGUACUCUGUGCUGUGAGGAGGUUAAAGUAUUAAACCUAGCAGAGCGAUAAAGCGAGUAAUAUUAACAGAGCGGUAAAGUAAGUUCAUUGUCUGAGGAAUAAUGAAUGCAAUAUUUGAUGUUUUACCUACUUUACUAAAAAUGUUGACAGUGAUAAAUAAAAGUUUAUCAAGAAACAAUUUCAAAAAUACAUUCCUCAGUUGAACCAAGGGCAAAUCAACAGGACUUUAUUGCAAUAUUCUACUAACAUUAGAACUAAGUUAUACACACUCAUCAGUAAGAUGUAUUUAGUUAUAUGCAUUUAAUAUGUACAGCAAAGGAAGAUAAAGUUUUUUAUUUUCUCUUGUUAUGCAAUUCGUCUCAGAUUUUGUGUCUGUUCUUUUAAAAAGAAUUGUCGUUUUAAGAAGUAUUUACAUUACUCUUUUAUUUCGGUUCCUUUUCACUGUGUAUUUUAUCAAUGUAAAAUAUAAACUGUAUUCGUAAAUAUAAUUUUAUAUACAAUUGGGGAUUUUGGAAAUUAUAAGAAAUAUAGCCUAGUUUUAAUGGGAAAAAUAGCCCGCUUAUGAUUAACAAUAUUAUAUAUGUGUAAGAUUAAAAUUAUUAUUAAGUUAAUUGUUCUUAAUGCUCUAAAAAAUAUAUUUAGUUGAACUUGUUAAAUUUUGUUGUUAGCACUCAUAACUUAAAUUCUUUUUCUAUGAAAUGUGUUAAAAAAUGUACCUGUUCUUUAAAAAUGAUCACAUAAUUUUGUUUGAGUCCAAUGUACAGGAGUUCUGGGAAUAAAGUCCAAUCCAAUGACUGAAUUUUCCUAGCAUUAAGAGAAACUGGAAUAUUUUCUGAUUACUUAAGUACUUAAGAUGUUAUACUUCUGUCUCAACAGAACCAAAGGUAAUCUCAAUUCUUUGCUUAAAGUUUGUUAUUGAUGAUGGAAGGAUUUAAAGGAUAAUAGGAUUUUGGACAUUUGCCAAUGUUUUGUUACAUAUGAUGAUGGAAAAUGUCUGAAAUCCUAUAAUAUUCUCAAUUUUGGUUAAAAAUUAGUGAAAUCAAAUUUUACGUUAUUUAAAAGGGAACUUUCACAUUUACACUUAAGCUAGCUGAAUUCUCUUACAGUUUUCAAAAUGCCUGUAAUGUGGGUAAAAAUGAAGGAAAUAACGUACAUUUUCAAAUUUACAUAAAAUAUUGUUCUUACUUAAUUAUUUAGUUAAAGUUAAGGGAUAAAUUUAUUUCACUUAACUGUUCUAUCAUCUUAAUGUAAAUUUGAAUAACAUUAAACAGUAUUGUUUUUAUUGAUUAGGUCUGCAUUUGAACAAGAAAUUAAAAAGAAUUUAAUAUUAAAUUAAAUAAUUAUAGUUAGUUAUUAAAUAAACAUUAUAUUUUUAUUUUUAUCCCAGAAGUAUUUGAAGCUAAUGUACCAAAGCAAUUUUAGGAUCUAAGAAUAUGAUAUGACUGUACGCAAUAAAAUGACAUAGAUAAUAAGUCAAAGUAGAGUCUCGGUAAUUUGAGUCUAGAAGAGCUAAUAAUAUUAAUAAUAUUAAAAAUUCCAAAUACUAUUAGUCUUCAGUUUAAUUAACUUCUUUUUGUACAGUGUUCAAGUAUAUAAAGACAUAUCAUAUCAUUAUGUUUUUAAACAAUUGAGUAUUGUGUUCCCUAUAGUGGGAAUUGUGUCUCACUAUCAGAACAGUGAAUUUAUAAAAAAAAUCAUCGCUGAAUUAAUUUAUAGUAAACUUGUGUUAAUUAGCACGUCUUUUGUAUGCUAUGUAUGUGUGUUAUUAAUACAGGUAAUUUGUAUAAAAACAUAACAUUUAUAUUAAUAUUUUCAGUAAAAAUUGACAAUAAAUGUUAUGUAUUGUGUCUUUUGUUUAUAAUUUAGUAUCAUAUGAUUUUUUACCUAAUUCGAACAUUAUGGCCCUUGGAAUUAGCUUGAGUUACUGUGACCCUACUACAUUAGGAAAAGAAUCUGUAAUAAUAAAACUAUUAAAUAAUGUUAGUACAGCAUUUGUUACGAUUGUUAUUUGGCUGUCUAAUUUGUGUAAACUGUGGGAAUGUAGUGCGAUAUAAUUCAUUACUAACAAUAAAAAGUAAAACGCUCUUACAUUUUUUGUAUUUGAAAAAUUAGUUUAAUUUUAAAUAAUUGUGACCGGUGAUAAAAGUUUUUAAAUAAGUUUUAGAGUUAAAAACUACAUAAGUGUGCUGUAAUAGUUUCACUAUAGUGUAACAAUUUUCAUAGUUGUAAGACUAAAUUUGUAAACAAACAUUAUUCUCUGUAUUAAAAGAUCCCAAUACGAAUGGGAAUUCUCCACCAUUGAAAUAAUACAAAGUGAAUAUUUUUGUUUUUGUAAUUAGCUAAACCGGAAGUAUAAAAAGUUAUACAAAAAAGUAAAUUCAGUUCUGUAUUGUGAUCUCUUCAUCUACUUCUUAAAAAAUUGGGCCAGUGGUCUGUUAAGAAGAAAGGGGCGGUCCUGCCCCAGAAUACAUAAUUUUUUUUAUCAAUUUGGUUAUGAUAUGUUUCUUUAACGAUACAUCACUUUCGGAAUAAUAGUGAAAGUUGUUUGAUACAGUCAUAUGGAAUGGUUCUUUCUUUAAGCAAUGUAAUAAAGUAAUUAUGUCCAGAACUGCAGAUGCUGAACUGUUAUCCUUUGUAGUAUGAAGAAGUUGGUUGAGUUAAUAGUGGGACAGAAUGUAAGUCAGAAAAUUUCCUCGUCUCUUUAUUAAUUUCUUUCUUUAUCUUUAUUUUUAUUCUUAUUGCUUGUAAUGUAACAGUUACACACACCAGCCCUAUUUUAGUGUUGCAUGUUCUAGUUAUCUUACCUGGGUUUGUACUCGCCAUUUGUAAUUACAUAGCAUCAAAUUAUCCAGAAAUAAUUCUGACAGCAAGGAACACAAAUUAGAAAGUAUAAAACACAAGUUGUUGACUCUGCUAUGGAUUACAUAUUAAAACAGCAUAAUCUAUUUUAUUUGUAGUUUUAGACAUGGAAUUAUUGUGAUUGAUUUUUAAUUAUAAGCAUUUUACAUUUACAUUUUUUGUAGCAUGUUGUGUUUAUAGUUUGUGUUUCUCAGUUAUAUUAAAUGGUGCUAAUUUUUCACAUUAUAUAUUUAGUCUAAUUAUGUUGAAUAAAUAAUUAUAUAUUUAUUUUAGUUUAUAUUUUACUUUACAAGUAUUUUAUGUUUUUAUUACUGUUAUGAGUUUUGUUGCCUUAGUGUAGAAACAACAAGGACUGUUUGGAUACACACACAAUCCUCCUGUUUGAUGUUAACCCUCUGGAGACCAACUGACAACAUAUUCUGUCACAGAUAGACUUUACCUCAAUACCUUUGGUAUAACUGUUAAUUUACAGUGGUGUGCAUUAAGAGCUAAAAAUUGAGGAGCAUCUUAAGGUGCCUUUUCUAGGCACAGUAAACUUGUGUUUAUCUGGGACGAUGGUAAUAACUGAUCCAAAAUUAAGGCUGAUAAAACCAUCUUAAGAUGUACACUAUGUAUGUACAGUGAAUAUUUUUCAUCUGAGUAGUUAAUGCAGUCAGCCCUUAACAAUACAAACACCAUUGUAAUACACAAAUCAUGUAUUUCAUAAUUCCAUAUACAACAUAGUAAAAAGUUUUAAAACACUUGUCAAUGGGUAGUAAAAAAGUCAAUAAAAAUAUAUAAAGUAUUUCAAAAUAAAUAUAACUUAAAGUAAAAUAAUAUUUAGUAUUAAUUCCAAUUGAACAACAAUGAAAACUAUAAAUUUAGUGAUACAUUAAAUACAAGUCUUUGUUAGUUGCUUCACUGAUAAAGACCAUUUCAUAAACAUUAUGCAGUGAUAUUACAAAAAAGCAUUAAGUUUUAAGAAAUUUUAUUUCUAUAUCACAUAUUAAAAUGUCAUAUUAUUGUACUCAAUUCGUUUAAAAAUUAAUUUGUCUUGUUUUCUCAUAUCUAUGAUAGUUACCCACUAGACCAGUGUAAAAACAUUCGCUAGCACUUGGCCAAAUUCCAUGUAGUGACACACAUCAUCAAACUCGAUGUUGACUUUAUAGAAAUAAAGCUUCAUGCAAACUUUCAAGUCUUGUGUCAGUGUGUUCUCAAGAUAUUGUGUGGAUAGACAGCCAGAAUAAAAUUUUUUCAGCCUCUCGAGUGAUAGACUUCACUAAUGCUCAGCCAAUAAAUAAAAAUAAACCACACACACACACACACACACACACACACACACAUAUUAUCAGUAUUCAAAAUGUAUCCAAACAGUCCUUUUGAAAUGAAAUGAGUAAAAAUGCCUUUUAUUAUAGAUAUUAUAUGUUACGCAACUUUAUUAUUUUUUGUUUGUUGUAUAAAAAAUGAAGCAUUUCCUAUACUCAGUUCUAGAAGUGUUUGUCAAACUAAAACUUUUCAGCAUUUUGUUCCAUUAAAACAACGAUAACUCUCUUUUAAUAAUAUGUAAUAUAAUCAGGUCUUGACCUCUAUUAGGAGUUAAGUUCUCAUUUGAUGCAUUCUCAAUUAUUUAUUGGCGUAAAAUAAGUUCUGAAAUAAAAAUUGUGAUACUUCAGUUAAAAAUAAUUGUAUUAUUAAUUGACUUCACAAUUUUCUGGGUAUUGCUUCCAGCCUAGUUACAUGUUGUCAUUGCAAUUGUUAUAAAUAAUAUUGUUUAUACAAUGUAAGUGAUCAUAGUACUGUCAAUUAUUUGGAGAAAUUAAGGGGACAAUGAAUACUCAAAGACAUGAAUGAUUCAAGGUAUUGUUAAAUAUUGGAAAUGUUUACAAAUAAUGUGGUACUGAUUAAAGUAAAAUAACAAUUAAAUUUUUACAGUCAAGUGCAUUGUUGGGCGCUUGACUCUAUGGUCCGAAUAUUUCAAUAGGUAAUGCUCUACUUUAUCAGCAACCUCUGAUUUGUGCUGCCGUUGUACGGCGACUUUCAGAACUGCUUAAUACUCUAGUGGCAACACUUGUUCUUUUUUACUGAAUGUUUUUCUGCUCUGUGCUACUGUCUAGGAGUUAUGUAUGAAACUUUUUAUAUAUUUAGAGUGAUUUAGUAAUAUUUAUUACAAUUCAUUCCAACAAUCAUGUAUUUUUGGAUAAUUUAUUGGAUCUAUUAUUGUUUAAAUCAUGUUUAUUCCUAAUGCCAUAUUAUAUAGCAGAAGCUAAAUAAGUUUAUUCUUCUGUAUUAAUAUCUUUUUCUCAUCUCUAUACUUAAGGAGUACAAAUAUUUUUAUUUAUGUAAAAAAUAUCAAAAAUAAGCUUUUCUUGGAUGAAGUGAAUAAAACUUAGAUGCUACUGCUUCUCUAUUUGAAAGUUGUAACACUGUUGAAGUGGAUAACAGUAAUAGCAUCUACCAUGGAAUAGUUGUUACUCUUUACAACAAACUGGUUAGUACUAGCUUUGUUUUAAGUGUGGAUAAAACAUACAUGAUUCCCCUGAGGGGUGGUUACUUCUUCAGAUUUUUGGAGUUUCAUAGGGAGCAUACUUUUAAUGUUAGAGGGACUAAAGUGUUUUGUGUGUAACAGCAGCAUGAGUAACUAAAAACAGUCAAGAUUUGAAAGUGAAAAUGUCAACUUUGUAAAGAAAUCUUUAUCAGUCAUCAGUGGAAAUGCGAGGAAGAGAAAACACGCUUUCAAUUACCUGUUUCGUAUCUGGUGGCCUCAUUGAAAUUAAAUAAACAUCUCAUUUUGAGUUGAUCAGUAGAAAGGAUUGUACUAGCGUGCAUGCUUAAGUUACUUGUGAAGCUGAUAAACUAUUAACCAGUAAAGCACCAAAUUGCCUGGAACUGUUAAAGACCUGAAAAUGUUGGGUUAGAGUUUAGGGUUGUUCAGUCGAUCUUGGAGUGCUUACACAUUCCUUAUUAGGCUUUAUCUCAUUGAAAUAAAAUUGCAUUAGUCACUUAGUUUUCUUCAUUAACUAAAAAAUUUCCCUUCCCUAAAAUGUUCGGCAACUAAUAAACUUUCCAGCACCUUUGGAAACUCCAAAGUCACCACUUCCUUUAAAAUAUACAAAAAGAAGGGUUUGUUUCUCUUUGGUUUUACAUCCAUAUUAUUCUUAAUAGUCAUGUUGUUGUUGUGUGUGCUGAUUUUUCCACUAUUAUAGGAAGUCUAAAGUGAGCAUUACAAAUGCUUUAUCCAUUGAUAUCUCGUCCUCUUUUCAUAGCUUCUUUCUUUUUUGAAGACAUUAAUUUGGCGUGCAUAACAGUUUUAACAUAUAACUCAUUCCAAAAGCCAUAAACUACAUUUUAAAACAUUUUAGAAGUAGUUGUGGGAUGAAGAAACUUUAAAAGUACCAACUGAAAUAGUAACUACCUCACAGAUGCUACAAUACAUCAGAAAGGAUUCCAGAUAGGGCUAAAUUUAAUGAAGCAGUAACUACUUAAAGUUAACAUCAGUUAUUGAUAAUUAUAAUUAAAAUGACUGUGUAAUUUUAUAGUAUGGAUUCUAUAACUUUGUUGGUGCUUUUUAUUCACUUCACACCUUUUCAAAUAUAUAACAAUUUUCAAUUGUCAAGUACCGUACAAAUUACUCAAUUACCAGGUAAUACUGGAUUUUUAUAUAUUUACCUGUCAGAUUUGGAAUCUCAGGGCAUAAUGGUUUUGUCAUCCAUUCUUAUGACAAAAAUAUAUUGUAUUCUAUAACAUGAUGAAGUAGAUUACUUAACACUUAUCAAAAUGUUAUUAUAUUACUUGGUUCAGUUUUUGUUUUAUAAAAAUAAUUAUCUUUAUCUGAAAUACUAUAUGAUAAAUGACACUGUGUGGGUACCAAGUAUGAUGGUGUUCUCACAGUCUUUAUUUGGUCCUGUAAGGGUUGAAUUGUCUCUCAUUGAAGAAAAAGGAAAAGAAUCUGUUUGAUUAUCUUAUUCCAUGUUGUUAAAUAUAUUAAGAAAAAGUGAACUUGUUUGUUAAUUUUUGUCACUUAAUAAAAGUCCUUUUGUAUGUUAUUGUGAAAAAUAAAAUUCUUUCUGUCAUGUUUGUAA